GUGUGAGUGUUUUCGUUUAUGGCUAGCGUACCGCAUUAAAAAGUGAAUUGUGGUUUAUUUUGCGUAAAUAAAACGCGUUUAAGUGCCCAAGUGUUUGGUUCUUGAGCCAAGGUCACUGCAAUCAUGUCCACAUGCAUUGAAAUUCCGCUCCAGGACACCGACGAGGUCAUCGAGGUGGAUCCAGACCAAUUGCCAGAAUGCUCCGAGGUGUUUAGCAUACUGCUACAGGAGCGUGCUCCUUUGCACGUCUGGGUUAAUGUCGCGUUGGCGUACUACAAGCAAAAGAAGACCGAUGACUUCAUUACGCUGCUGGAGGCAGCACGGGAGAAGGGCACCACGGAUUAUCGUGAUUUUAAAACGGAUCAGAUGCGUGCUCUGGACAUGUUGGCCGCCCAUUAUGUGCAGGAGGCGUACCGUGAAAAGUCCAAGGACAAGAAACGCGAGCUGUUCAUGAAGGCCACCAAUCUGUACACGAGUGCGGAUAAGAUCAUUAUGUACGAUCAAAGCCAUUUGCUGGGACGUGCCUACUUCUGUUUGCUCGAGGGUGACAAAAUGGAUCAGGCGGAUGCACAGUUCAACUUUGUGCUUAACCAGUCUCCAUCCAAUAUACCAUCUCUGCUGGGCAAAGCGUGCAUUGCAUUUAAUCGCAAGGAUUAUCGCGGUGCCAUGGCCUUCUACAAAAAGGCGCUGCGAACGAAUCCAAAUUGUCCGGCCAAUGUUCGAAUUGGAAUGGCGCAUUGUUUCCUCAAGAUGGGCAAUGCGGAGAAGGCCAAGUUGGCCUUUGAGCGUGCCCUGCAGCUGGAUCAGCAAUGUGUGGGCGCCUUGAUAGGUCUGGCCGUGCUCAAACUAAAUCAACUGGAGCCGGAAUCCAAUAAGCUGGGCGUGCAAAUGUUGUCCAAGGCUUACACCAUUGACAAUGCCAAUCCCAUGGUCUUGAAUCAUCUGGCCAAUCAUUUCUUCUUCAAAAAGGACUAUCAGAAGGUGCAUCAUCUGGCACUCCAUGCCUUCCACAACACUGAGAACGAGGCGAUGCGUGCCGAGAGUUGUUACCAGCUGGCCCGCAGCUUUCAUGCCCAAAGCGACUAUGAUCAGGCCUUUCAGUACUACUAUCAGUCCACGCAGAUUGCUCCAGCCAACUUUGUGCUGCCCCAGUAUGGAUUAGGACAGAUGUACAUCUAUCGCGGUGACACUGAGAAAGCUGCGUUAUGUUUUGAGAAAGUGCUGAAGAUUCAGCCGGGCAAUUACGAGACCAUGAAGAUCCUUGGUUCACUCUAUGCGCACUCCAACUCGCAGACGAAGCGCGACAUGGCCAAGACACACCUCAAGAAGGUCACCGAACAGUUUCCCGAGGACAUUGAGGCAUGGAUUGAGCUGGCCCAGAUAUUGGAACAGAACGAUCUGCAGGCAUCGUUGAAUGCUUAUGGCACUGCCUCCAGCAUUUUACGGGAUAAAGCCAAGUACGAGAUUCCGGCGGAGAUACAAAAUAAUGUCGCCUCACUGCAUUAUCGUUUGGGUAAUCUGAAAAUGGCCAAGGACACGCUGGAAUCGGCAUUGCAACAUGCCAGCUCCGAGAUGGAUAAGGAUGUCAAAUAUUACGAGUCCAUACAGGUGACCAUGAAGUACAAUCUGGCAAGAUUGAACGAGGCCAUGAGCAGCUUCGAUGUGGCCGAUAAACUGUACAAGGAGAUUCUCAAGGAGCAUCCUAAUUACAUUGAUUGCUAUCUACGAUUGGGCUGCAUGGCCCGUGACAAGGGUUUGAUCUUUGUCGCCUCGGAUUUCUUCAAGGAUGCCCUCAAUAUCAACAAUGACAAUCCGGAUGCGAGGUCACUGCUGGGCAAUCUGCAUUUGGCCAAAAUGCAGUUUGCUCUUGGCCAAAAGAACUUUGAGACCAUACUUAAGAAUCCGGCUACGGCAUCGGAUGCGUAUUCCUUGAUUGCUUUGGGAAACUUCUCGCUGCAGACGCUGCAUCAACCAAGUCGUGACAAGGAGAAGGAACGCAAGCAUCAGGAGAAGGCGUUGGCCAUUUUCAAGCAGGUGCUGCGCACGGAUCCACGUAACAUCUGGGCCACCAACGGGAUUGGUGCCGUGCUUGCCCACAAGGGAUGCGUCAUCGAAGCGCGCGACAUCUUCGCCCAGGUGAGAGAAGCCACCGCUGACUUCUGCGAUGUGUGGCUGAACAUUGCCCAUGUCUACGUGGAGCAGAAGCAGUACAUCAGCGCCAUACAGAUGUAUGAGAACUGCAUGAAGAAGUUCUACAAGCACAACAACGUCGAGGUGAUGCAGUACCUCGCCCGUGCCUAUCUCCGGGCCAAUAAGCUGGUGGAAGCCAAGUCUGUGCUGCUCAAGGCGCGUCGAGUUGCGCCCCAGGACACUGUGCUGCUCUUCAACAUAGCCGUGGUGCUGUCCCGUCUGGCCAUGGCCAUACUCAAGGAUGAGAAAUCCACGCUGGAAGUGGUGCUGCAGGCUGUACAUGAACUGGAGCUGGCUCACAAGUACUUCCAAUACCUAUCCGUGCACGGUGACAAGACGCGCUUCAAUAUUGAAGUGGCCGCCGUAGAGGCCAACACCUGUCAGGAUCUGUUGUCGCAGGCGCAGUACCAUGUGGGACGGGCUCGUCGCAUUGAUGAGGAGGAGCGCACGCUGCGCCGUCGACAGGAGGAGGAGCGUGAAGCCUUCAAGCUAAAGGUUGCGGAGCAACGCAAACGACGCGAGGAGGAAGCCCAGACAUCGCGGGAUCAACUGCUUGCCAAGCGACAGGAGUACGUGGAGAAGACAAAGAAUUUGCUCAUCAUCGCAGACGCACCGGCUGAAAAGGAGCGCAAGAAAGGCAGCGGACGACCACGCAAGGAUGAUUACAUCUCCGGCACAGACAGCGGAGAUGGAGCACCACGUGAGGGCAAUGAAAGACCCGCCAAGAAGAAGAGCAAGGGUGAGCGGAAGAAGGGCAGCGGACGUAAACGUAAAACGGAGAAAUACGAGAGCGAUAGCGAAGAGGAAUCCGGUGGCAGGGACAAGAGUAAGAAGAAGAAGAAGCAGCAGCAGAAGAAUGUUAAGAAAUCGGAGGAGAAACUGUCCGGCAAGCAGCGUCUCAAGAUUGUAUCCAAGGAGACGAUAUCAACGAGCGAAUCCGAAAGCGAUGGCAAACGGAGUCGGAGCAGGAGCAGAAGUCGAAGCAGAAGCAAAUCCGGCAGUCGCUCCGGCAGCGCCAGUGGCAGCAACCGCAGUCGCAGCAGAAGCGGUUCCGGCAGCAGAAAGAGCGGAAGUCGCAGCCGUAGUCGCAGUGGCAGCGCCAGUGGCAGUGAUCGUGGCCGGAAGCGCAGCAGGAGUCGCAGUGGCAGUGGCAGCGAAAGCGAUGGCGUUGCCCAGCGUAAGCGCGCCAAGAAUCGCAUUGAAUCUGGCGGCGAAUCCGAUAGGUCGCGCUCAAGAUCCCGCUCACGCUCCAAGUCCGGCUCUCGUUCAAGAUCACGCUCUAAAUCUGGCUCCCGUUCACGCUCCAAGUCUGUAUCCCGUUCACGUUCUCGUUCUCGCUCUGGUAGCAGAUCCAAGUCCAAAUCAAAGUCGCCAUCUCGUUCACACUCACGCUCCAAAUCCAAGUCCAAGUCGCGUUCUCGUUCACGCUCUGGCUCCGGUUCUCGUUCUCCCUCACGCAGUCGUUCUCGAUCUCGUUCCGGUUCAGCGGCCAGCAAUUGAAAAUAAGUAAAGCACUUAAUUGUAUAAGAUAUGCAAAUAUUAAAUGUGUGGCAGUUAAUUAAACAAAGCAAUUAAAACUUCUGCAAUGCAAUUAAAAGAAAAGUCAUAUACAACUUUUAUAUCCUGCA